GCGAGUCGACGGGGGAGGUGGAAAGAUGAUGACGGAUGAUGAUGGAGCGCGGGCAACGUUCUGCUGCAGCUGCAGCGGCUCGGGGUGACAAGGCGGCAGAGCGCGCGAGCGGAGUCUACAUGAAGCAUGAAGCCGAUGUGAGGCGCGGGGCGGGGCGGGGAGCGAUGGCUGGGCAGGCGCGCGGAUUGGCGCGAGGAAAAGGACGGGGCCGGUCAGAAGCGCUGCAACGUGAUUGAGAUUGAGGAUAAGAGAGGAAUGGAAGCCGAUGCCGAGGAGAGGACGUUGACGAUGGCGGUCGUCGUCGGCCGGGAUGCCCAACGAGCAGGAGCCGGAGCGUGUCCAUCGAUCCCGACCCCGCGACAUCUGCUUGCCACGGCGGGCGACGGGGCGCAGGAAAGAUUCGCAGUCGUCGUCGUCGAUGUUGUUGCUGCUGCCGACUGAGGGCGGUGCGGCUGUUGCUGCUGCUGCUCUGAGAGAGCGACGGGGCUGGUGGUGAGCAGGGCUCUGGCCUCCAGGGCUCGCUAAUUCGGUGCGCGGAGGGUGGGAAGAGGCAGAGGAUCGGAGGGCGUGGGGAGCCUGUUCUCAUGGCUGCUCCGGGGAAUGAGAGUGAUGUGUUCUGGAGCGACCGUGCAGUCGAGGCGAUCUGCGCGUCCGGCGAGCAGCUUGUGGCGGCUUUGAAGUUUUCAGUAUGCGUCUUGGGCUCGUCGUCUGUGCGGGCGUGUUCUCUGCAGCCCCUUCUGAAACGCUUGACGACUCGGUGAGACGACUGUUCUGGUGCGGAGUGAGCAAGAAUAUAGCGUGGGAUUUGCGGAGUCUUGGGACGAGCGUUGGCCUGUCUGAGAACAGAGACGACUGCUUGUCCUCACGAUUCUUUCCGCGUAGGCUCGGGGUGCUCGAUUUGCCGAAUUGUGAUCAUCUUCUGGCUCCUCGUGAGCCGCCUAUCAAUGGAGAUUUACAGGUCCAGGUUUAUCCAAGUCGUCACAUAGGGACGUGUGCAUUGAGGAAGUUCCGUUUUCUGGAUAUAGCUAUCGCGUGUCCAAAAUUAGCAUUCUCUGGCUGCUGGGAUUUGAACCUUUGUCCGGAAGAGAGAAUCGUAAUGUUCACUUAGCGGGUAUCGGACUUGGAUGCGUUGACGCUGCCUCGUUCCCUGCCGCUGAGCAGAUCCCCUCGAAGCCCGUCCAUGCGGUCGAAACACUCUUUCCGAAUCUUUCGCGGAGGAGAUUUCCCGGGGGCUUGGUGAAACUGUAUCUGAGUGCUCUCAGCGGAGGAUCUCGGAAGUAGCGUCUUGCGAAUAAUGUAGCUUCAGUGGCAGAUUAUCGAAAAGUUCACGGGAAAGGGAUUGAUUCUCCAGGCCACACGGAGCCUUGAAGCGCCAACUGUACCAGCAUUACCACAACGCUUACGCCCCAAGCAUCUCAGAAAAAAAAUUUAAUUGGCGGAGGGUUGGACCCAACAUCUGAGCACGAUCGGAGGGAAGGAACUCGUGACACGCUUUCCGCAGAUUUCUUAGCCGAUUCACCUCUCGUCAGUCGGUUACUUGUUUAGGACAACGUGAUCGUAGGAGGAAGCGUGAUCACCGAAAUAGUCAGUUUCUGCUAAUUUGACAUCUGAACAGUUUGAAGGUCUCUGAAAGCUGCCGGGAGAACAUCGAGGCCACGAUGUGUGGAACGAAGCUUUCUGUCUGUUUCAGGCCCCAGCCGCAAGAUGUCUGGGUAAUCCUUGUUUGAUGGUCUCCCACUAAGUGACAUUUUUGUAUCUUAGCAACAGCCCAAAAGGAGAAAAAGGAAAGGUCCUUGCAAGUGACCGGCUGCUGCCAGAUCCGCCGAUCGCCUCAGUGAGCUAGUCACACUGGAGAUUUGCUCUUGACGCGAUAUCCAAGAGGCUGUCAAUUCAGAUAUCUGAUGGACAACACAAUUGUGAAGUCGGUAAGGCUUCUGCAGGAUUCCCCAAAACGGGAAAUGCAGAGGUAAGACAGAGUCGUGCGAGCAGAAUUCUUGGUGUUUAUCGAUCCAGUUAAUUUUUCUGCCACCGCCCGUGCCGAGUGCAGCUUGCUGUCAGACUGCGCUGCGUCUCAGGAAUCGCUUGCCUGGUCUGGCUUAAGCUUUUGUUCUUGAAUCAUCGAGGCAGUAAGAGCUGCCGACUACUGGCUCGUUUCGAUCCGCUGCAACCGAGGCUAUACGUUCUGGUUUCGCACUCUUCGCGGAACGAAGUUCGGCCGGCUCCACGGAACUAGUAUAUUUGCGAGGCUGCGAAAUCUGGAACAACUGCAGGUGCAGGAAGAAGCUGGAAUGAUCGUGUAAUGAUAAAUGUCCCCUUGACAUUUGAACGACCAGCCUCUGCAGCCACCGCUUUUGUCCAUUCACUUAUGUGUCUGAUUCUACAGUCUUUCCGGUACUCCAAUAACGAAUCAUGUUACGUGAACGAUUAGAGAUGGGGUUUGCUCGUUUGUGGUAUGGCCUUAAAAUCACCAUCCAGAUAAGCAAUGCAAGAUGGAUAUUGACAAACCUUCUGACGGCUAGCUUGUACGUAAGCACAGGCAAGCUGUCGGACACUCUUGCUGUAGUCAGUGAGCAGGCUUCUCCCAUAUGGGCACCAUCCGGGAUAAUGGUGGCCUUUGUGCUCCUAUUUGGCUACAAUGUGUGGGUCGGCGAGUUUAUAGGAACUGUUGCUAUCAACCUAUGGUACUUCCACAAAGACCCUUACCGUGAAGUUGUACCAACAGCGAUUGCAUGCGGUGUAUUUUCAUCGAUGGAAGGCGUCGUUUGCGGAUGGAUGAUAAAUCAUCCUCCACAGUGGAAGAAUGGUCGAUUUAUAUAUCCUGUAAAGGAGGUCAGAAAAGGGUCUCACUCUAUCGAUACUCUCCACGAUGCCAUGUGGCUUUUCAUAGCAGCUCCCCUCACCAGCUUCAUCUGCGGCUCUGGCAAUGUUCUCGCCCUCACCACGUUCAAGCUGGCGAAAUGGGAUGAGUUUUUGGAUAUAUGGCCAACUUGGGUGCUCGGAGAUUUGGCUGCCAUCCUGUGCUUUACUCCGUGCAUACUUCACUUUUGGAACGUUUUUGAGAAAGGUAGAAACCCGUUCUGGACGCGGAUUCAGCCGAAGAAAUGGACAUGCUCUGCCGUGAACCAUCUUAUAUGCAAACCUGAUGAACCUCGCAGCUCUUUGGAUGAAGCCUGUUCAAUCACAGGACUGAAAGAUGAGUCGGUUCACGUACGAGAGCUAUUGCAGGAAAUGGGCCAUAGUCCUGAAACUGGCUACACGAAGCUGGCUGUACUCCGUAGCCAUGUAGAACUCGAUGAAAACUGUUUGCGAUCUCCCCGAAAGCUUGCCACGGCUUCGCCUGGGGGAUGCGACCUGGAGAGCGGAGGUGUGGAUCUGGUCAACUCAUACGACCGAUAUUCGAUCAAAAGGCCUGACUUUCUUCAGAAGGUUCUUGAAUCCUUUGAAAGAAAACGGAGUGAGUGGUUGGGAACUGGGAGAAGUCCCAACGGGCGAAACGGAUUUAUGGUAGAAGGUGGUCCUUCUUUUAAAUAUGCCAAUGGAAAAACUAGAAUCUUAACGAAGGAUGGAUUCGACUCCAGCGAUCAAAGUUUGGCUGCCUCAGGAAGGUUUUCCACAGCGAAUGAUAGUAGUACACUUUCAGAACUGCAACCGCACAUACCUCUGCUUGAGAAGGAGCCAGUCGCCUGGUCCAUCAGGAAGUACAUCUUGAAGGCAGCAGAGUUCGUCACGUUUUUCCUCGUUUUGAUCGUACUAUCACUUGUCAUUUUUUUCAAUGUGGGAAUUCAAGACACCAGUCUUGUGCAGCGACUAUCAUAUCUGGUAUACCCCGUUGUUAUAUGGGCCUCGUUUCGGUUCAAUCGUCUGGGCCUACCACUCGCUGUCCUCGUUAUUGCUCUCAUCGCCAGUGCAGGAACCGCACAUCGCAAGGGUCCUCUUUACCGGAAGAAUGACAACCACUCUUUACUUCAGGUACAAAUGUAUGUGUGUGUGCUGGCUAUGGUGGCUAUGACUCUUGCCGCUAUAGUACACGACAGGAAACUUAUGGAGGACCAACUAAAUUCCAUGAAUGAGAGCCUUGAAACACAGGUCAAAAUGAGAACGAAUCAACUCGAGCUAGCCAAUCGAGAGUUGCAGGUCUCGCAAGCAGCCGCAGAAGAGGCCAGCAGAGCUAAGUCCGAGUUUUUGGCCAAUAUGAGUCAUGAAAUCAGGACACCAAUUCAUGGCAUCAUAGGCAUGGCGUCUCUCGCCUUGGAUACAGAGCUGACGGGUGAGCAACGUGAGCAUCUGGAGACUGUAGCUCAGUCAGCCGACUGUCUGCUUCACAUCGUCAAUGCCAUCCUGGACCUUGCGAAAAUUGAAGCUGGUCGGUUGGAGCUUGAACACGUCCCUUUCAGUCUAUCCGACACUAUCGGUUCAACGAUGAAAAUGCUUCAAGUCAGAGCAUGUCAAAAGGAGUUGGACCUAACUUGGGAUGUUGCCCCUGACGUUCCUGAGCAUCUUCUUGGUGAUGCUGGGAGGUUACAACAAUGCAUUUUGAAUUUGGUGGGCAAUGCCAUAAAGUUCACGCAGAAGGGCUCUGUCUCCCUCACAGCAAAGCUACAUCAAGGCGAAGCUCCGGAAAUCUUUUCAAGAAAAGGAAGUUUCAUAUCAAAUCGCACUAUGGAAAAAAAAUCAGGAAGAUUAUCUCCAGCAACAGCUUAUCACGGGAACUUGCUCACACACGAAGCGUCUCCCAGUGAUAACCAUCACAGUGUAGAUAUCAUGGAGAGGGCGACUGCAGAUGCUUGUAACAGGUGGAAUCGUUUGUCCCAAGAACAUGCCAAAGGUUCAAUGAAUAGGUCCAAGAAUCCUAGCAUGAGAGAAGAUUGUAAACUAGACACUCUUAAAGGUGAAGGAAAUCAAGAUGGUGGAGAUGGCAAACUGGCUAUUCUCUUUGCCGUCAGUGAUACAGGGAUUGGCAUCAGUACAGAGAAGCAGGAAGAGGUCUUCAAGGCCUUUUCUCAAGCGGAUAGUUCUAUCACAAGGCUCUAUGGAGGGACCGGACUCGGUUUAAGUAUAGUCGAAAGGUUGGUUGGAAUGAUGGGCGGUCGAAUCUGGCUGGAAAGUGAGCCUGGAGUUGGAAGCACAUUCUACUUCAUUGCUCGAUUCGAAAGAAGCAGUGUUACGCAGGAGAAGUAUCAUGGAACUGCAGUAGUUAACUUCCCACAUCAGGAUUGGCCCGAUUCCACCCAGCCCGGUGCUAGCUGCGUUUUAGAAACGAUUCAGCAAGCCACUGACGUGGAGGAACAUUCUGAGCACAGAUCAGAGACAGUAGCAGAAGGUGCCCUUACUUCUCCAAAUGCGACUUCUCGGAGAGUCGAUAAUGGCAUCCUUGGCGAGAAUGCUAUGACUACAAACGUUCUGAACGCCAGCAAUAAGGAAGAGAAACAUAGAAGCUUAGAUGGAAGACAAGAUAACGGAAUAGCAAUAACAGCUUUAUCAAGUCCUCGUGGAAAAGCUGCAGAUAAUGCAAAGAAAGAGCCACCUAACUCUAUGAUCCUCCUCAAAGGCAUGAAGGUUCUGCUUGCCGAAGACAACAUUGUGAAUCAAAAGGUUGCAUGCCAGCAACUGAGAAAGUUUGGCACUUUGGUGGAGGUUGUCAGUGAUGGUCAGCAGUGUCUUAAUGUCCUGAACCAGCAUCGGGAUGACUUCGAUCUUAUUCUCAUGGACGUUCAGAUGCCAGUUCUCGAUGGUCUCCAAGCAACGAAAAUUAUUCGAGCCGAGGAGUCACAGCAAAAUCUGUCGAGAAAACCAAUCAUCGGUCUCACUGCCCACGCAAUCCAAGGGUACAAAGACAAGUGUUUGGAAGCCGGAAUGGACGCGUAUGCUUGUAAACCGUUCCAAGCUAAGCAACUAGUAGAGGUCAUACAUAGAGUAAUGACGGAAUGAAUCAGUAGGAGUAGAUGCUCAUGUGUGUGUUUUUCUCGCUUUAACUCAAUGUACGAUGAAGUUCCUCUGUAAAUUUUACAUGGGUGGCAGAUAAGGAGAAGCCAACCAUUUACAAUCUCAGUAGUGUUGAGAUCUUGAGAAUCCAGGUAGAAAUUACUUCCGUCAAAUUCUUGUGCAUUACUUACCGAAGACAAGGAGUCAAUUCUUGUCAAAAUCAAGUUCUUGCACCGCUGCCACCCUUCUCCCAUAGCAAGAUAAAUCAGUCACUCGAAGGAAGUAUGGUAGUGCCACUUCUCAGUGCUAGCUAUGUUAAAGUAUCUGUCUAGCCGCCACAUCUUAUCCCCUUUUUGUGGGAAUGUAAGGAUUCUUCAAGGGAAUAUUAAAGAAGUAUACUUGUUAGUCGU